UGCUAAGCAGCAGUGUAAAUAGAUUGAUGUUUACACGCUGUUCUGCAAACAGCACACUCGGCUACGACAGCUCAUUUAAAAUGCCCCUUUUUGGCAAUAUAUUUAGCCCCAAGAAGACCCCACCUCGAAAAUCUGCAUCUCUUUCUAAUCUUCAUACACUGGAUCGGUCCACCAGAGAGCUGGAGCUAGGUCUGGAAUAUGGAGCCCCAGUAAUGAAUAUUGGGGGUCAGAGCUUGAAAUUUGAAGAUGGACAGUGGAUUAUAGAAUCAGGAGGUAAUGUAUCAAGCAAGGAGCUACAAAAACUAAAGAAGAGGAAUCUGCAGUUAGAGGAAGAAAAUAAUCUUUUAAAGCUUAAGAUUGACCUUCUCUUUGAUAUGCUUUCAGAAACCACAGCUGAGUCACAUCUAAUACAGAAAGAAUUAGAAGAAGUGAAGAAUCGUUACAAACAAAAGAAGUGAUGGACGGUGUGGACUUCAGUUAUUUAUUUAUAAUGAUUUUUUGAUAAUGAUUUGUGUAAUAUCAAGAACCUAUGGGAAAUUGUAUUUAUUUACAUAUUUGCAUAAUAUGUGUGUGUGUGUUUAAUAAAAAAUACACUUUGUGUAAAA